UGUGAGUCGGCUGUGUGCAGCGAGCUCGGCCGGCGGUUCGCGGCCACGAAAUUCCACGAACCGCGCUCAGUACGUAUCGGCCGGUCGCGACGACGAGAUAAAGAGUAGCAAAAUAGCGCCCUAGGUGCCAGUGCAGAAGAGCGCGGAAUAGCCUCCACCCCCCUUCCCUAGGCGGUACAAAACAGUGUGGGUGGGUGGCGGACUGGGGUCCUACGGGAUUCUGGAUUUAAGGAAGCUCUAGGGAGCGCUCAAGCGCCAUCGUUACCACAGUUCGACGCAGUUUUUUGUUCGAUUUUGUUUCGCGAUAACGUCCCUUAAACCUCCCAUUUCCCCCACCCCCUUCCCCCAAGUGUUACUACCGGUCACAGCAUGCAUGUGUGCACGUGCGAGAUGUGAUUGUGCGGGCGCGCGCACACAACCAAUUUGUGUAAUCGGAGGCGAAUGCUAAUUGGCCUGCUCCAAUCAGUGUGCUUGCCGUACGGAGUGUGGGAGCAGACACCAGUUUGCCAACUCGUGACGGCGCAGUGAUUGCAGCAUUUGACAGUGUCCAGCUCUAGCGCGCAGCAGUGCCGACAGUCCCGGCGGACCAAUGUGAUCUGGAAGCGCAGGGCUCCGAUCCAAAGUGCCAGCGUACGAAACGAACAAACAAUUCGUGGUGGUUGUUGUUUGUGCGCAAGCUUCUGCGCAAUGAGCGGCUGUCAACUGCGCCGUGUGUGUCGCAGCCGAACCAGCCGCCACUAAGCGAGGGUGUAUUGUAGAAGUAUGUGUGUAUGUGUGUAUUAAAAAAAAAAAAGCCGCCCCGUAAAAAGUGCACAGUGACGGCGGACAGGACCCGGGACCCGGGGGGUUUGCGUGCCCACAACAAUCAAACAACUCCUCCCCCGCAGUAGUGGUGUAGCGGUAGCAGACAGCAGCAGCAGCAGCAGCAGCAGCAGCAAUUGGAGCUGGUGCAGCAGCAGACAGCGAACCGCUCUUCUAUCAACAACAACAACAACAACAACAAAAACAGAGCCCGGUGGAUUAGCACGAUCAACAAGGAUGUCUCGUCGCAGUGCCGUCCGGGGCCUUCGACUGCUGGUCUGUUCGCUGUGUCUGCUCAGCUACCUGCACCCGGCCUCGGCAGAUGCUCCCGAACGCAGCAGUAACCGACGGCCAAUGCGCCGGGUGGACGCGGUGGCCACCGACCAGGUGGAGGACCGCACCAACGCGAUCGACCAGCCGCUCGACCAGGCCCUCCAGCUCAAGUACUACGACGUUGUCUCGGUCGACCUGGUGCACCGGCUGCCGGCCGGCGCCGACCCCGCGCCCGACACGCUCACCCUAGUGGCGGCCGGUGCCGGCGAAGGUGCCGCCGACCCGGAGCAAACGUCCGACGCCAAGGUUGCCCCCCCGACCCCGACCAAGCCCGAGGCGGCCAAAACGCUCGCGGACCAGGUGGCCGAGGGCAAGUACGGCCUGAUCCACCGCGAGCUGUUCCAGCGGCGCCCCGAGCGGCUCGGCAUCCUCAACUACCGCCGCAACGAGGAGGUCCCGCUGGACGACGAGCGCAACUACGGCGGGCUCCGGCCGGACGAGAUCUGGCUCGCCGAGGACCACCUGCUCGUGCUCAAGGGCGGCUCGAUCCGGCACGGCAGCAACCGGUCCGGCGAGCCGGACGCGCCCGCCUGGCAGCCGAUCGACGACUACCGGGCGCCGGACCGCCAGGUCCAGAUCCCGGCGAACCCGGCCGUCCCGCCACCCUUUCCCGUGCAGCUGCGCGAGAACGGGCCGAUUGAGUUUAUCCGCGGUCGUCAGGUGCCGGCAUUUAAUCCGUUCACUAACGAGUCGGCCUUCCUCUUCACCAACAAAGCGUUCCCGGUCAUACGGCCGGAAGAUUUCGGCGGGCAGCAUAUUCUUGCCGGGCCGGCGGCGCACAAUGCUACUGGCCAGCACCGCCCGGCCGGGCUCCAGUAUCCGCCCCCGGUCAACCCGCCGCCCGUCAGCGACAACCGCACGUACUCGAACCCGUUCCUGAAGCUGCCCCCGCCGGCGCUGUACGCUGGGCCGCCGGCCGGCGGCUCGCUGGACGAGGCGCGCAACCGCACGGCCGGGCUGCCGCCGGGGCUGGACGAGGACGACCCCUCGCUCUACUACCCGCCGCCGUACACGUUCGAGUACCGGGGCAACUACACGAAUCCGGUCCCGCCGGGCCCGCUCGUGCCCGGCAUCAUACUGCCCCCGCCGCCCAACUUUUUCAUCCUGAAGCCUGCCGGCGGAAGCAAUGGGACCAGCGUGCGGCCGCCCACCACCACCACCACCACCACCACGGACCGGCCGAAGGCUACCAAACCACCGAAGCAGUACGUCAGCGUGCGGCCCCACCCAACGACCACGGUGGCACCACCACCACCACCACCACCCCCUUCGGUGAACAGUGUAGCGCCGGCGAAGAUUGUGCCGUCGCGCGUCGAAAUUCAAAAAGCCGUCCUCAAAACGUUCGUGCCCGUGCUGGAGGUGUACGGUGCGCCGCCGAAGCCCGCCAAACCGGCCGCGAAGCGACCGCGCCCGAAACCGACCGUCGCCAGCGUCGCUACCGCCACGCCCGCCCAAACGCCGUCCACCAAGCUGCACAAGAUUCCGCCCGAGCAGCCGACCGCCGGCCAGCGGCAGCCGGUGUACGCCGAGUACUUUGACGUGCGCACCUCCACGGCCAGACCGCCGGUGGGCUGGGGCGACGUGGGCGUGCCCGCCGGUACGCCCCAGCUGCCCCGCACCUACCUCCCGGUGGGCAAGGUGGAGCAGGCCCGCCCGGUUGCGACGGGCGCCCCGCCCGACUACGGCUACGGCUACAGCCCGAUCGAGCAGUUCCAUCGCGAGGUGCAGACGAUCCGCCAGACGCUCCAGAUCUACGAGAAGGCGAACAGGCUGUCGGGCAAGGGGGGCAGGACGUCGAAGGCGCACCACCACCACCAGCAGCAGCAGCAGCACCCCCAGCCGUCCCUUGCCAAUCUGUCGCUGUCGUUCGAUGGGAACGUGUACCGGACGCUGUUCCCGGAGGAGGUGGUGCUGCCACCGCAGCAGCUCCCAAGUGGGCCCUCCUAUCACCGCCCGCAGCACCACCACCAGCCGCAGCCGUACAAACCGGCCUACGAGCCCGCGUACGUGUAUCGCCCCGCCGCCAACAGCGUCCUGCCGCCGGUCGACCUGCCGACCGGCUACUACGUCACCAGCACCGAUUACGGCCGGCACGGCGCGGGCUACGCGGAUGCGGCCGCCCAAUCGCACCCACAGUACUACCAGCCGACUGCCCCACCACCGCCUCCACCGCCCCAGCCCGACCUGUCCUACAUUGCGCCCGUCAUACUGAACAAUGGCGCGAGCGGGUACAACCGCCGCCCCGACUUUGACCCCUCCACCACCACCACCAAGUCCUACCUCAUCCUGGACCAUCGGCUCCAGCGGCCCCAGCCGCCGACCCAGCCGCCCCUGUCGCCCUACCUGUACCGCAGCGGCGGCGGCGGCGGCGUCCCAACCGGUGACGGGCAGCAGGGGGUGACGGGCCCGGCGCGCAACCGGUACCUCGAGGGGGACAUACUGGUGAACUACAAGCAUCCGCUGCCGGUGCUCAACCCGGACAGCGAGUUCCUGCCCUACCAUCACCGGCUGAAGGUGCGCAAGCGGCAGAAUGUGCGCGGGGCGGGCGAGCAGAAGCCGCGCUACCAUGGCCAGCCGCUCUACAACCACCGGUAGAGGCUCGCGUGGAGCAAGGAGGCGUACGAGGUGGACGUGGCCGAAAGGAUGCUUGCUUGGGGCGCACUCGCACUCUCUUAGCCGCGCUGUCGGGAUGAAUUUGAGUGCUUGCGUGCGUGUGUGUGUUUGCGUAUGUGUGUGUGUGUGAGAGUGUGUUUGUGUAUAUAUAGCGGAUAUAUAAUGGCUUGUUUGUGCGUGUAGCGCACCGAAACACGCGCAAAUGCGGGGGGGGGGGGGGGCAAAUACUCAAUGUGUAAUUAUUAUCUGUUUCUCUUUCUUCAUGCAACACUACACUUUCUUUCGUUUGUAUUGUUGAGCCGCUUUCAGCUGUCGUACUUUUUUUUUUGUUGUUGUUGGGGUGGGAAGCAAUGGCAAGCGCCCUUUUACCGGUUCCCCUCCGGUGGUCAUAGUAGCGUUAGAGAGAGAGAGAGAGUGGAUGGAGGGGGAGCAGCCGGAAUCUGGUGCGGUUGCGCAGGUUAAGGUCUCUGCCAUAGACUGUAAACGAAAAUCGCUAAAUAAAGCUAAUAAAUCACGAUACAGAACAAAACAACGCAAAAGGUUCAUAUGAGCGCUUUGGAGAACUGUACCCUGUGUCAUAUACCCGAUCCGAUUGCCAUUUUAUGUCGCACAGUUUGUUAUCCGUUUCUGCUUUAUUGUUUGUUUUUGUUUGAAAUGAAUACAAUCCUAUGUUCCUGAUAUCCCGCCGUGUGUGGGGUGUGCGUCUGGUGUAGGGGUUGGAGCUUGGAACUCGUUCGGAAUAACGCUGAAAGUGCUAUCCGGCGAGGCUCAAAAUGUUCGGAGUCCGCUGGAGAAGCAUCCAGAGCCGUUCGGUGUGAUUGGGAGCCGCUCGGAACCACUGCGGAACCUGCGGAACCCUUCAGAAGUCAUCCCUCAGAGCUGUCGCUCAGAGUCUCGUGUAACCUUCUCUGGCGAUUCGGUGCCAAAUCUAAGCGAUAUGCAGUUGCUCGGAACUUUGUUUGGAAUUGUGGGAGUUGCUCGGAGUCGCCGCAACCAUUGGAGUUUGACUCGUCGGAGUGGUCCGGAGAUGUUGAGAGCGUUCAGAAUGGUUCAGAAUCAUUUGGUAUCAUCUGGGAGUACAUCGAAUUAUCGAAUAUAAAAAAAAAAAACAAUAUUUGCUUUUUGCUGAAAUGUUCUUUAAACCUCCACUAAAAUGCCCAGUUUCAAAGCUUUCGGGACAUUGAGUGCUCUAGAGCUGAUUAUUUCUGAUUCAGAUUCAUGUUUUGGAAUCAAUCUUACAAAUGCAUCACUGAAUCUGCAUUUCAAAAUGUGUAUCCUCAUGCAUCCUUAACGAUUUGUAAAUUUCUAAACAUGCCUUUGGGUCCUUCCAAAUUUGGGUCCUUCCAAAACAGUUCAAAAAUAAGCUUUCUUACAGCAACAUACAUGUAUGUACGCUCUGCGUAUUUAAGUAUACACAAAACUGUAACAUGUAAACAUAUUGUAUCACUACCAGUGUGAUGAUCAACCGCACAGAACGAGUCUACGAAUGGUUCCAAUGGCUCAGCCGAUUCACAAGGUUCUCGAAAGGCUCUUACGUUCCCGAAAGAUCCAGACUAGGGAUGGAAAUUACUAUACUGUAAUUAGGUAACAUAAUUAGUUACUACAUGAAAUAAAAUAAUAGUACUACUGA